GGCCUGUAUGGCGCAUAUCCUCGGAUAUCGUAUGAAUCUUUCUCGUCUGCCUCGCCCUGGCUGAACAUCAUCAAAUCCGACCCCAGAUGCGAGGAUGGCUAUACAUUGAUCGAGCCACGAGGCGACUCGGUGCCCUACCCCGGGCCCAUUAUCCUGGACAAUGAUGGUAGUCUGGUGUGGAUGGAGACAAGAUACGGCCAGGCGAUGGACCUGAAGGUGCAGAGCUACAAGGGCAACGACUACCUCACAUUCUGGCAUGGAGGCGACAGUGGGUGGUUUGGCAAGGGAUACUAUCUGAUGCUCGACUCCUCAUACAAUGUCUUCAAGAACAUCACGGCAGCAGGAGACCUCGACGGCGAUCUCCACGAAUUCCAGCUUACGCCCGAGGGCACUGCACUGCUGACGGCAUAUCAAGCCCAGACUGCAGAUCUGUCAGCCUACGGCGUGGAAAACGGCGAGAUCUGGGACAGCAUCUUCCAGGAGAUCGACCUCGAGACGGGCGAGCUGCUGUUUGAGUGGCACGCCUCGGACCAUUUCGCCAUCACGGACAGCCUCGCCCCUUACGAGCAAUACCAAGGCGCCUGGGACUUCUUCCACAUCAACAGCGUCGACAAGGAUCCCCUCACAGGAAACUACCUCGUCUCGUCGCGGUACGUGUGCGCCGUGGCCUACAUCGAUGGCACGACAGGCGAGGUGCUCUGGCAGGUCGGCGGCAAGAACAACUCGUUCGAGGACCUGAGCGGCGGCAAGGCCACCGACUUUUCCUGGCAGCACCACGCGCGCAUCCACCACGAGACCGACGACGCGACCCAGGCGCUCAUGACCGUGUUCGACAACGGCGCGUACUACACCAAAGCCCUGCUCCGGGCCCCGCACAGCCGCGGGCUGCUGGUCGACCUCGACACCAACGCCAUGACGGCCACGCUGCGCCAGGCCCUCGUCGCGCCGCAGGAAUUCCUCGUCCCCUCGCAGGGCAGCGUCAACAUCCUGCCCGAGACGGGCAACGUCCUCGUCGGCUGGGGCCACCACCCGGCCUGGACCGAGUACGACGCCGCCACGGGCGAGGUGCUGUGCGACGUGCACCUGGGCGCCACGCACCUGACGGCCUGGUCGCGGGUCAAGAACUACCGCACUUUCAAGAGUAAAUGGGUCGGGCGGCCCCUGACGAACCCCGACGCGGUGCUGAAGGGGGGUGAAGACGGCGCCGUCUACGUGAGCUGGAACGGGGCGACGGAGGUAGCAGGAUGGGUGGUGCAGAACGAUGACGACGACGAGGGCAACCCGACGUUGGAGUUCGCCAAGAACGUGACCGAGGUCCGCAGACAGGGCUUCGAGACGAGGAUCGACCUUGCGGGUCUCGAUCUGGGCGGGUACAUCCAGGUCGUGGCCAUCGACGCCGAGGGCCGCAGGCUGGGCUGCUCA